GGGAGACAGGUGCAGGGGGAAAUUGGACCUGGAUGCAAGACAGGGGAUUCCAUACCCCACGCAUAGCUUUUGUCCCCUUUGGGAACCUAGGUGAAAAAGCCGUUCGCUAUUCACCUGUAAACAAGAGAGGAGAGAUACCGGCCGGACCAGUACAGAUUGGAACACAAGCUCUACUAGACUCUAUUGCCUGCCCUGUCCCUGAGAUUCUACAAUCAUGGAUGAGCUUCAUGUCCAAGAUCCAGAAGUGAACAUGGCAGCCUAUCAGCGCCAGAUGGCAGAUGUUAAACCUCCCAUCACCACCACUUUUGUCCAGCCAAACACAGAUCGCUCAGAUGACGAGGAAUCGGACCACAACACGUCGGAUACCUACCCCUCACAGAUGCGUGGGCGUGUGUCUCCUUCCCCCUACACUGCCAAUACGGAAAGAGCCAGACAGUUUAAUGCCUAUGUCCGUGGAAUCAUUGAGCAGAAACUGGACAUUUUUGUUCCCAUAUCUCAUCAACCACGAGACAUUGUCUCAGACAUCAUAGCAGAUUCCAGUAUCAAAUUCCCUGAGUUUUCCUCCUGUGUCAGAAAGAGGAUUCGAACAUUUCUAAAAUCUUAUCGACGCUCCAGGAAAUUGAGAGAUGUCAAUUCAGGCUCCCCACAGUCGCAUACGAAUGGUGUGGGAAAGGAUGACAUGGUGUCGAACACAAGUCAUUCGCUCCCAAUGAGUCAUUAUCAACAGGAAUCCCCUAUACCCAAGGCCCACCUCCCUGUCCGCUCCUCUCCCGUCCCAAGAGGGGGCGGGCCAGCAAACACUGCCGUAGUUACCAUAGACACAGGAGACAUGGAUGAUGACCUUGAUGACCUCCCUAUUCCCAAGAGGAUGAAGAUGAGCACAUCUGCUGCAGUCACUCAGUCUAAACGGCUGGUUCCUGGCAUACCUCUAAGUAAUCCCUCAGCUCUCAGCAUUUCAGAGGUGUCAGCAGUGAGACAGCUCAUCACAGGGUAUCGUGAGAGUGCAGCCUUCCUUCAAAGGGCAGCAGACCAACUGGAGACAAUGCUUCACAAUAACUCAUCGUAGGAUCAGCAACAGACACAUACGGAGAUUGUGUACAGUCAUACAGUGUGUGUGUGUGUGUGUGUGUGUGUGUGUGUGUGUGUGUAAGAACUGCUAGAUGUUGUUUGUCAGAACCUGCAGCAGGUGGAGCACCAAAUCAGUUUGCAUCCCUUCUCUUUGUACAUAUCUAAAGUCAAUUCACCCUGCAAUGAAAUGCCAUAAAUUUUAUGUUAUUAUAUACACUGUAUAUACCAAUACUAUGGUUUACCCCUUGUGA